UAGUAGAUUACAUUCAUCUUAAUUCUUAUCCAUUGUGUUUAGCUUCUAAUAAAGACUUGUCAUUUACAGUGUGAAGGAAUAAUUACACCCGAAAUGCAAUUCCCAUGUUAGUUACACGUCAGCGAUUGCAAAUUCCAGGAAUGUGUUGACCAGCUGGUGACGCAACAUAACGUCACCCACAGUAGCUGUGACGCAAUAGAGCGCGUAACCGCCGUUGACGUUAGAGUCGUCUCUUCUCUCUCCAGACACCAAAACUGUCUUUAUAUUUCCACCUCUACCCUCCAUUGCAACCCCCUUCUCCUUCGCUUCCUUCACGAACCUCCUUCUCUCUACGAUGCACCAAGCAAUCCCUUAUAGAACCUGGAUCCAUGCGAACACACGUGACUCACGUGACCUUCCCCUCGCAGUGCGGGGGGCAGGUGUGGAUUCUGCCAGCGUGGCAAAGUUAGUUUCGGAGAACGCAGUGAUAGUGAUUGGGAGACGUGGAUGCUGCAUGUGCCACGUCAUCAAGAGGUUGUUACAAGGCCUUGGAGUCAACCCUCCAGUCUACGAGGUGGACGAGCACCACGAGGCCGCCGUCGCCGCACACCUGGGCGCUGCAACGGUGCAGUUCCCGGCGGUGUUCGUAGGAGGGAAGUUGUNCGACUCAUAUCUCAGGUGAAUUGGUUCCAAUCCUAAAGGAUGCUGGCGCUUUGUGGCUUUGACUACCUAAUUCCUCUUUCUUUUCCUAUAAUUACUACUACUUUUCUUCUUAUCAAGAGAGGAAUUAAGUUAAUUGUACCAAAAUUUUGUUAAUUAGUUCUUCUCACUCUUAUCAUAAUAAUUACCUCUUUUCUUUCUUUUA